AUGGGAGACUGGUCCAUUCUCGGCCGCUUCCUGACAGAAGUGCAGAACCACUCCACUGUGAUCGGCAAGAUUUGGCUGACCAUGCUGCUGAUCUUCCGCAUCCUGCUGGUGGCGCUGGUGGGCGACGCCGUGUACAGCGACGAGCAGUCCAAGUUCACCUGCAACACCCUGCAGCCCGGCUGCAGCAACGUCUGCUACGACACCUUCGCCCCAGUGUCCCACCUGCGCUUCUGGGUCUUCCAGAUUGUGCUGGUCUCCACGCCGUCCAUCUUCUACGUCAUCUACGUGCUGCACAAGAUCGCCAAAGAUGAGGAGCACAAGAUUGAAUCGAAGGACAAGGUGCACGAGGCAGCUACAUUAGAGACUGACCAUGAGGAGGCACUAGAGGUCAAAACUCCCACCUUGCUGGCUCAGUCUGAGGAGGUCUGGGGCCCUCAGGAGGUGGAGGGUCUGGACCAGACUUUACUAGCAGAGGACUUUGGCGAAGUGGCCAAAGAUCCCACUGAGCUGUCCAGUCAUGUGCUGCUCACAUACAUCGUCCACGUGGUGCUGCGCUCCAUCAUGGAGCUUGUGUUCCUCGUGGGUCAGUGCUGCCUGUUUGGCUUCGAGGUGCCCUACCUGUUCCAGUGCGAUACGUACCCCUGCCCCAACCGAACGGACUGCUUCGUGUCUCGCGCCACUGAGAAGACCAUCUUCCUCAACUUCAUGUUCAGCAUCGGCCUGGGCUGCUUCCUGCUCAACGUGGUGGAGCUGCACUACCUCGGCUGGGUCUACGUCUUCCGGAUCAUCUGCCUCGCCUGCUCCACGUGCUGCGAGCCGGACGAGGACCCGAACCUCGUGCAGCGCCUGCAGGCUCUUUACGCCAAUCCCAAGCCGCUCCUGCUCCAGCUCACUCACUCCCUGCGGGGGCACCUGCUGCUUCACCCUUCUCUUCCGGUGACCCUGGAAAGCUGCCCCGUAGCUGCACAUGAAACCUCCAUCUCCUUUGAGGCAGACUCCACCGUGGAGUACAUGAGAGGGCCAGACAACAAGGAGCGCGCCAAACUGGGCAGAUGCAAAAAGGCCUGGCUGUGA